AUGCGUCAAUACUCGCGCGCCGCCGCGGCGACCGUUGCUCUGGCAGCAUCGGCCCGCGCUGCCUCCUCUUCCCUUGCCUCCCUCUGUACCGUCUCCCAUGUCCAGUCGAUUCUCCCUGCCAAUGGCACUCUGCUCGGUAUUGACAUGAUCCCCUCUUCCGUCACGGCCAACACCACCACCUCGGACUCGACCGAGUACUGUGCCGUGUCCGUCUCUUACGUCCACACCGGUACCACCAACGAGAUCGUCCUGAACUACGGCUUCCCUAGCCCCGCUGACUUCAAGAACCGCUUCUACGUGGCUGGUGGCUUCGGAUACUCCUUGAGCACCUCCUCCACGGGUGGUCUCGAGUACGGCGCUGUCUCGGGUGCCACUUCUGGCGGCUACGGUGCUUUGGACGGCACCACCGUCGACGAGGUUAACCUCUCCGGAAAUGGCACCAUCAACUGGGACCCGAUCUUCAUGUUCGCUUACCAGGCCCUGGGUGAGAUGACUACCAUUGGAAAGCCUCUCACUCGCAGCUUUUACGGCUUGGAUGACGACGCCAAGGUCUACACCUAUUACGAGGGUUGCUCCGACGGUGGCCGUCAGGGUAUGAGUCAGAUCCAGCGCUACGGUGACCAGUACGAUGGUGCUAUCAUCGGUGCCCCUGCCUUCCGUUACGGCCAGCAGCAGGUCAACCACCUGUUCUCCAGUGUGGUCGAGCAGACUCUUGAUUACUACCCUCCCACCUGCGAGUUGGAGAAGAUCGUUAACGCCACCAUCGCUGCUUGCGAUCCCCUCGACGGCCGUACGGACGGUGUCAUCUCCCGUUCUGAUCUCUGCCAGCUUGAGUUCAACUUGACCUCUAUUAUCGGGGAGCCCUACCACUGUGCUGCUGAAGUCAGCACCUCCCUCGGUUUCAACUUCAACAAGCGUAGCGAUGGCACCUCCACUUCCUACACCCCGGCUCAGAACGGUAACGUCACCGCCAAGGGUGUGGCCGUUGCUCAGGCUAUCUAUGACGGUUUGUUCAACUCUGCUGGUGAGCGCGCCUACCUGUCCUACCGCAUCGGAUCUGAAUUCUCGGAUGGCGAGACCUCCUACGAUAACAGCACCGGUACCUGGGGUGUGGACAUUCCCUCAACUGGUGGUGAAUUCGUCACCCGCUUCAUCGAACUGGUCGAACUGAGCAACCUCGACUCUCUCACCAAUGUGACCUACGAUACCCUUGUGGAAUGGAUGAACGUGGCCAUGAUCCGCUACAUGGAUACCCUGCAGACUACCCUCCCCGAUCUGACCAACUUCAAGGCCACCGGCGGUAAGCUCAUCCACUACCACGGCGAGAACGACCCUAGUGUGCCUACUGCUUCUUCUGUGCACUACUGGCAGUCUGUCAUGAGCAUCAUGUACCCCAGCCUCGGAUCCUCCAAGGCCAUCGAGCAGAUGAAGGAGUGGUACCAGCUGUACUUGGUCCCCGGUGCUGCUCACUGCGGCCGUAACACCCUCCAGCCCAACGGUCCCUUCCCCGAGGAUAACAUGGAGACCAUGAUCCAGUGGGUUGAGCAGGGUAUUCAGCCUACCGGUCUGAACGCCACCGUCGAUGCUGGCAAAUACGACGGCGAGGUUCAGUCCCUGUGCCAGUUCCCCAAGCGUCCCGUCUGGAAGAGCAACAAGUGGGAGUGUGAGUCCGAUGACGAGGGUGCUGACACUUUCUACUACACCUUCCCUGCCUUCAAGGUUCCCGUUUACUAA